CAAGACACAUUACGAUAAAGGCCUAAGCGUACUCUUCUGAGAAGAGAACGAAAAACAUUUGAAUCAAAGAGAUUUCACUGAUUAGACAUUUGGAGCCAGGCCUUAAUGAUAACUCUUAAUUUUUUAUAUCACGGAUGGCACCAUGAAUCAAAAAAUAUCUCUAAUUCAGCAGUACACAUGUUGACUCAAAACAACCCUGUUUAUUAUGCAAACUUCAACACUACCCUAGAUGCUUUGUUAGUUCCUAGAGUUCCAGGAACUCCAGGUCAUGAGGAAGUAAAGAAGUUUAUCAUUGAGACCAUGAAUUCUCUAGACUGGGAUGUUGAAGAAGACAACUUUAUUGCACCAACUCCCUUUGGUAAAAAAGGUUUUUCAAACAUUAUGAGUACACUUGAUCCCAGUGCUUGUGAGAAGUUAGUGCUUGCUUGCCAUUAUGACUCUAAGUACAGUAGAGAGAACACAUUUGUAGGGGCCACUGAUUCAGCAGUUCCUUGUACAAUGAUGAUUCAUUUGGCUCAUGUCCUUGAUAAGCAGUUAAAACAACAAAGAAAAAAGAAUAAAGACCUGACUCUUCAGUUUAUUUUCUUUGAUGGAGAGGAGGCUUUGAAACAGUGGAGUAAAUCUGACUCUCUGUAUGGCUCCCGACAUCUUGCUGAGUUGUUAAACCAUCAGCCAUUUCCUGAUGAAUAUCAACAUUGUAAUACAGAUUAUGCCACACACCUUGACAGAAUGCAUGUCUUAGUGCUAUUGGAUCUUCUGGGAGCAGAAAACCCACGCUUCUACAGCUACUUUGAAGACACUUAUAGUUUGUACAAGCAGCUAGUCAACAUUGAGCAACGUCUAAAUGACAUGAAAAAACUUGAAGUCUUACCUCAGCAAUUAGCUACAAGCUAUUUCAAAAACAUUAACUUGUUUUCUUUUGUACAAGAUGAUCAUGUCCCAUUUUUGAAAAGAGGUGUUUCUGUUGUACAUUUGAUUCCAAGUCCUUUUCCAUAUAUUUGGCAUCGGGACAUUGAUGACCGAGAGCACCUGCAUCACCCAACCAUAAACAACCUUAACAAAAUCCUCAGAGUCUUUGUUGCCCAAUAUCUACAUCUUGAUGUUCCAGAGACUGGCAUUGUAAAUUCUUAAGUGAUCAUAUUUGUCAUGUUUUCCCUCUUUGUUCUCAGAAUGAUCUGGCAAGACCCAACUCUAGUCACAAGUGAAGUGAUUCUAAGUAACCAGAAAAGAAUGACAUUUAUAAAAUUAAUAUGUAUAUAUUGAAAAUCGAAAACACCUGUGUUGAACAGGUACCUUCCAGUAUUGUAAAUGUUUAACUUUUAUUAUAAACUUUUCACCUUCUGUGUGUGUGUAUAUAUUGUAAUUUUUAUUUGGUAUUUAUCACUUUAGGUGCAAACUUUCUUUUUAAUUCUUCACAUUAUCAACUAUAUUUCAAACAUUUCAAGAAUUCUGAUGAAAUGUUUUUGUCAAAUUAACUUUUAUUAACAAUAUUUCUUGUAGUUAUUCAUAGUCAAAAUCCAAGGUCAAAUGGUUGUGUUUGUAGAGGCCACAAAGUACUGAGUUUUGUGUAGAUUCUGUAUUAUCUAAUGGUAAAAAAAUUUUUAACAUUUGAAAUAACGUUGCUGUAGGAAUUGUAAGAAAAAGAUAUUUGUUGCUCCAAGUAAAAAAGUGGAAAUUCCAGUAUACUUGAAUUGUUAAUUCUUUGGUUACUUUUUUAAGUUGAAAAUUUUAUUUAUCAUCUCACUCACAUUGUUUUAAAGAUUGGGUCAUAAAUAUAUAUAUAAAAUUUUGUUGUAUGUAAAAAAACACUACAGGUUUUACUUUUCAAACUGCUCUAAUAUAUAAAAGAACAUAACUUAUGAGUUCAAAAGUGUUAAGUAUAAUAGCUCUUAAAUAAGUAUAACUCAACAAUAAGAGUUGGACUGUUGUAAAAUAAGAAUAGUUGCUUAACCCAGAUUUAUUUAUUGUAAGCAUGUUUACACAUACUUGGUUUUAAAAAACUAUAAUGAUUUAUGUAUAUUUAUAAUAUUAACACUUAUGAACAGCAUAUAUCUUCAGUUAAAAAGAAAAUCUUUGCACUCAGUUCAUUUAGUGAAAAAUACAGUGACUGAUGUAAUUAUUGAAAACAUAAGUGAAAGUUGCUCAUAAAUACACGAAAAUAAAACUGUUAAUGGCUUAGAAUAGCGUUUGCUUUUUGUGUAAAAUAAAUCCUAAAGGUUGGAUCAUAACGAUUUUGUUAAUGUACUUGGGAAAGGAAAAUAUUCAAUUUAGAUUAGACAAAAAAAAAUGAAAAUUU